UUAAUCCAGGACAAAACCCCCAUGACUCAAAACUAUCACCUAAGGAAGUUAAACCAUAAAUGAACAAAAUAUUUUUCCUACAAUAAUAAAAAAGGCAAAGGGGCAGCCCUGUACACGAAGCAUAUUUUGAGAACAUUAUUCUCAUUCCAUUGGGAACAUUAUUCCGGCGUAUUCACACAAGGUCGGGGAAAGAGCCUUUCCUCUGACAAUCAUGUAUAGAAAAACGAUCUUAUUAUUUUGGAUAAGUUUGGGAACAUUAUUCUCAUUCAAUUAUGUUCCCAUCGAUAGUUUUGUUGGUAUCAAUUGGGGUAGGAUGGCAACACAACAAUUGGUACCAUCUAUGGUGGUGGAUUUGCUAUUACAAAAUGGAAUACCAGAAUUGAAAUUAUUUAGUCCCAGUACAACCGUUCUUCCAGCCUUUGCCAAUAGCAGUAUUGGUCUCUCAGUCACAUUUCAAGAUUUCCAACUUCGACGUAUGAAUAACUCCAAGGAUAUUUAUGAUUGGAUAGCAAAAAAUGUCAAGAAACAUGUUGAUAAUGGAGUCGAUAUCAGGUAUCUUUACGUGGGAAAUGAACCAUUCACCAAAAGAUACGAGAAAAGAAUCAAUGACGAAGUUGUAUACUAUUUGGGAGAAGCUCGAAAAGCCCUAGAUCGUCACGACCUCAAACAUAUCAAAACGACAACAGCACACUUCACUGACAUUUUGACAAAUGUGACAAAACCAUCACAAGGUGAUUUUAGAGAAGAUAUAAAAGGCAAAAUGUUGGAUCUCCUAAGUUUCCUCAAAGAACACAAUGCUCCUUUGGUUAUCAACAUUUUCCCAAUUUACGUCCUCUCCUCUAAGCAAAUGCCAGUUGAUUUCGCAUUUUUUGAUAGAAAAAAUAAUUCAAAUUACUCUAUCAAAGACGGUCCAUAUAUUUACACAAACAUUUUCACUUUCACAUACGAUACCCUAGUUUCAGCUUUAACAAAAGCAGGAUAUUCAGACAUGCAAAUUAUCGUAGGACAAGUUGGUUGGCCUACUGAUGGUUUUCCAAAUGCUAAUCCAAAAAAUGCAGAAAGAUAUCAUCGUGGUUUACUUCGAUAUUUAAAAAGAAAUGAAGGAACACCUCUGCGUCCAAACAAGACAAUCAAUGUAUAUAUCACUGCGUUAUCUGAUGAGAACAGGAUGGUAACACAAUGGGGCGAAUAUCAACGCCAUUGGGGUAUAUAUAGACACGACGGAUCACCUAAGUACAAGAUUGAUUUCACAUUAAAAGAUCGGGAUGAAGAGCCAACUACAGCAAAAGGGACAGUAAAAAUGCCAAAUCGAUGGUGUGUUUACGAUCAUAGUGUUAAUGCUGAUAAUGAAAAAUUGAUGGAGCAAGUUAAUUAUGCGUGCAAUUCAUCGGAUUGCACGUUAUUAUCACCUGGAGCAACUUGUGAUAAUCUCAAUUCUACUCAGCGUUCUUCAUUUGCAUUCAAUAUGUAUUUCCAGAUGAAUAGUCAACAGAUUGACUAUUGUGAUUUUCAAGGAUUGGGCGUUAUUACAACAGAUGAUCCUUCUACACCAAAUUGUAGAUUCCCGAUUGAGAUAUUAUCAAUAGAUGUUGUUGAUAAUGGUGCAUGGAAAAUGGCUAGUUACAACGACGAUUCAAAUCCUACUAUUAUACCAUUUGGGUUGGCUUUAUCUGCAUUAUUUUGUAUUGUUUUAUUUCUUUGCUUAAUCAUGUGGUUUUAAUUAAUUCACCAUCUUUUCAAGGGGUUUUCUUCCAAAUGCCUGAAAGAAGCCUUCCAUUUUUCGAAUUUGAGUCUUGGUAAAAAAUAUGUGGAGAGUGAGUGUGUCUAUCUUAAUGACCAUAUUGUACUUAAUUUUGGGAUUUGGUUCACAAAAAA